AUGGCAGGGAGAGCAGGCAAUCGGCCGCAACCCAGGCAGAAGAAAACUUCGCCCCUGGAGAAAACUCUUGCCAUUUUGAUUCAGAGCAUGCGAGGGAACAAGAUAGUGGUGGAAAUGAAGAACGACGCCGAGAUCUCUGGUAUCCUGGAAGAGACAGAUCGAAACAUGAAGGCAGCAACGGUAUGGUUGGCUGCGUACGGGCUGACGUGCUCGCGCGCUGGACCUGCGCCGAGCUUGUCUAUGGUGGACGUCCGCCAGACGAACCCAGAUGGCUCGGUGAGGAAGAUGGACGUGGUCUUAGUCCAAGGAAAGAUGAUCAGAUACGUCCACAUCCCCGACAAAGUGGACGCCAUCAGCAAUUUGCAAAAACACAUGCGCACGAUGGACCAGCAAGGCUACCAUCGCAACAUGCUCAAACCGAAGCUGUCACAGGCACCUCCAUAG